AACCAAAGAGUAUAGACUACAUACCUACAACGAAUCGGGUAUUAUUAUGUGAACACGCGUACGUUUAUUAAUGUAUUGUGUUUUCCACAUUUUAUAACAAAAUAACCAGAUACAGUUAAAUUAUUCACAAUAUUUUGUAAGAUCAAAAAUAAAUUCUUUUCGCUAUGGCUGAUAUGAUUGAAGUAUCAACAGCAACUCCGGCGGAGUUACUUGGUGCUGGUCGACGCCACUUGGCUGUUAGAGACUUUCAUUCGGCUGCUGAAGUACUGGCCAAAGCUUGUGAACUGUUGGCUAAAGAACAUGGUGACACGGCGGACCAGUGUGCUGAGGCAUAUUUAUGGUAUGGCCAAGCACUAUUAGGUUUGUCCAGGGAUGAAAGUGGAGUUUUGGGAGAUGGUAUGCCAGGAUCAGGCAAUGUUGAUGAUGACGAUGAAGAACAAGAUGAUGAUGACAACAAUGACAAUGAACAAACAGAACAAAGCUGCGAACCUGAAAAGAGUAAAACUGAACACAACGAGGCUGAAUCUACUUCGAUGGAGGCUGAUACAUCAACAAAGGAAGCUGAGUCGAAACCGGCACAAUCUACAACUAGUGAUGCACCGGGUGCAAGUUCAGAGGUCACUGAUAAUGCUGAACCUAGCACAAGCAAUGAUGAUGCUAAUGAUGAAUCUGUCGUAAAUAUGGAUAGUGAAGAUGAUGUCGACAAUUUACAGCUUGCUUGGGAAAUGCUUGACCUGGCCCGCAGUAUACUGUCGCGGCGCGCGGCGGGCGGGGGCGAGGGCGCGGGGGGCGGCGCGGCGGCGCGGGCGCUGCUCGCCGACACGCACCUCGCGCUCGGGGAGGUCGCCCUCGAGAGCGAAACGUACGAUAAAGCUGUUCUUGAUAUGCAGAGCUGCUUGGAGAUCCAGAAGGAAUUGUAUCACAGCGACGACCGGCGUAUUGCUGAAACACAUUAUCAAAUUGGGCUGGCUAAUUCCCUCGCUUCAAACUUCGAAGACGCGGUCACUCACUUCAAGAACGCCGCCAAUAUACUCGAAACCAGAAUAAAGACUCUCGAGGGUCCAACCGCAGCCACGGACGACGCCACCGUCAAGAAGUACUCUUCAGCGGACCCGCUCUAUACAAUCGAAGGGGAGAUCAAGGAAUUGAAGGAACUUCUGCCGGAGAUCCAAGAGAAAAUACAAGACAUGAUGGAUUAUAAAGCGGAGACAAUAAAACGGGUACGCGAAACCCUGUGCCCGUCGAACGGCGAGAGCUCUACACAAAAUGGCGCUGGCUCUAGCGCGUCUCAGCCGCGACCGGCGGCUUCAGACAUCUCGCAUCUCAUCAAGAGGAAACGGAAGGCGAGCAACGAACCCGAGGCCUCACCCGCGAAGAAGAUGAACACGUGAACGCGCUACCGUUGUAUGGGUCUCACCGUUACUUGGACUGAACUGAAUCAAACGUGUUUGGAAUUGGUGUGGACUCUAAUUUUUUUUGUUUUUUUUUAUAAAUUCGUAGCGAACUCCGACCACGUUCCGCCUCUCGAAUCUACUCGCGCGCCACCUGUCGCGAGUUGCAUGUACUAUGACCAAAUCUUAAAGGGUGGUAUCAUUGUAAAUAGUUUCAACUCGAGCAGAUAAGCGACGUUUGUUGAUGUUUGCAAGGACCAAACCUUCUUCGAUAUUGGACUUUAUACAAAAAAAAAAAUAUUGGACCUUUAAAUCGAAUUAGAAUCAGUUAACGUUAGCGACCCAGACAAUGAUAAAGAGUACAAAACAAUGAUGUCGAAACACAGUAAAAGUAGGAAAAAAUUAUUAAAGAAAAAAUCAUUGAAAUUUUACAGCAUUUGCCUUCCACAUAUUAUACGUCUUUGGCCAUUUUUGUAUAUAACAAAAAAAAAUGAUUUCCAAAAUGUUGAAACUUUAAAGUAAAAAAAUGAUGAACUAGAAUUAUGGCUAAAAUUACUUCGGUUAAUAUGAAUGCGGACGUAAUAACGUAUGUUUUUUUAGACUUUAAGUGUACUAUUAUAAUAAAUUAGGCUUCGUUCGUAUAAUUGACUGUUAGAGACGAUACAUUAUGUUUAUUCAACAUCCAAAAAACGUUAAGUGUUCACAAGUGCUCACGAUCAGUUGGUAAUUGUUGUUGUAUUGGUAAUGAUAAGAAUACUUAAGGUCUAAUUCGCUUCUGUUGUCUGAAUUGUGAGUUUAGGAUUUAAUCUCACUAUUAAAUGAAAUCGAAUGAUAAAAAAUACGACAAAAAACUUACAAUUCGAUAAUUACAUUGAUUAAUAGUUUGAUUAAUUGAUUGAUAAAGUAUACGUAAAUGUGAUAAGAAACUUUGUUGAUUAAAUAUGAUAACAGCGACUGAAGAUAUAUAUUUAAAAUAAUUUUUUUAAUAUCACGAUGAUUCAUGAUAAGGAACGAUAAUAUUAUUAUUAUUAUCUCUGGCUAGCUGAUUCAUAGUAAAAUAAAAUUGUCAGAUGACGCUGAAUAAAAAAAAUCGCUCAAUAAAUAAAUUGUGUUAAUUGUGCUACCCAUGGACAUCAGCAAGGUCCUCUCGCAGGUCCAUUUGCGGUUUGUCGGCAGUUUGUAUGUAAUCAGAUUGUGGCAGUGCCAUUGUUUUAAAAAAUCCUUUCAGCUAAGGAUAAAUAAUAGUUUCAAACGCUACACCCUGUAUAAGGAUUCAAUGCAUCCUAGUUAGAGGUUUUUAUAUCGGAUUAGGUAGGUACUUGUUUGUAAAUUCGAUAAUGUAAUUUACACAUUACAUAUAUCAGAUUUAUUUGUACAGCUGCCUGACUUUAUUAUAACUGUGUUAUAAUGUUAGUUAUUCCAAUGACUUUGACCUCAUUCCGGAGACUAGUUCGAUAUUUCUGUUGUAAUGUCUCCGGUAACCACUUAAAGAGAGGAGUGCUCAUCUGACCAAAAAAAAAACCAUAUCGACGCUUGAAAGGCAAACAUGACUAAGCGACAAUAACUGCUUUGUACAUUAAUUAUAGGCAAUAACCAUAUUCGAUGCGCAAAAAAUAUAUAUUUCUAGGUCUAUUAAAAUAAUUUCAAUCCUACAGCUACUAACUAGAUUCUACUACAGCUAGAUUCGUUAAAAUAAAUUUUGUUUUCAGGUAUUUCAACUUUAAAUUAGACUACUGUAAAGUUCACGCAUUGUCGCUUAGUCACGUUUGCCUUUCAAGCGUCGAAUUAUUGAAUCUAAGAAAAACCGUGUUAUGUUUGUUCGAUGAUGUAACAUAUUUUUAUCUAGCUAGUUAAUGAUGAAACGAAAUGUCUAAAGUUUAUGUAGUUAAAUUAAGAUUUCACUAAUUAAAAUUACACACGUUUUGAACACUGAUUUUUUUUUUUUUUUUUUUUUUUUUUCGAUUUUAAACUUUUUCAUUUCAAUUACUAAAACAUAAUAGACCAAUAUUGUUCGUAUUGACAGGUUUUUUUUUUUUAACAAAUCAACUACUGAAUUAAAUUUUUAAAAAAGUAUCUAUAAAUAUGAUAACUUUUUGAAUAAAAAGUUUCGAUAUGGUAUAUCGAGGGAUGAAAAGCUAUUUAGUUUAAGCGACGUUUUCUCAUUCUUUAUAGGAGAGGCAUUUAAGUUUAAAUUUUGGAAAAAAUAUCAUUACAAAAAAAGCUUGUUCAUCUAUUUGAAUGGAGUAAACUUAAUUGACGUUCAAUUAAAAAACAUGGAACCGUUGAUGUUGAUACCAAAUAAAACGCACCAUUAAUUACAAAGAUAAAUGUCGUGUAUUAAGCGAAUGUUGCCUUCACCCUCAAUAUAAUUAAUGUGUUAUAAAUUGAAAUCUAAUGAUAUUGUAGUAUAUUCUAGAAUCUUUUGUAUGGAACGUUACUGAACUUUAGUGGCUAAGUAUUCGAUAUUGGGCAUCAGUGAAAUCAAACAUUAAAUUAUUUGUUAAACCAUAUUACUGGACUGUUAAACGCGUUCCUUUGUUUAAAAAUAGAACUACUCAAAUGCCAUCUGUUGUGCGUUGAUGAUAAUAUUUUCAGAAGCAGUUUGCAGACGCAUGUACUUUUUUUAGGGUGAUUUAAUAAUCCGUGGUUAGGUACUUGAUAACAAAUUUAGAAUGAUGAAUUGUUUGGUAUAUUACUCGUAAUAUUUAUAUUUUAUGGUAAGGAUGAUGGUUUCACCUUAAAUCACACCACGCUUAAAAAAUUUCGUUGUAAAGAAAGCGUUUUUUUUAAAUAAUACUCAGUAGCUUUGAGAUGUUAUUAUACUGUUUCGGAUUUCGCGAGGUCCUUGACCUAUUGCUAAGGAAAUACUACAAAACGGUCAAAUGUAUUUCUUUUGGCUAAUCUGUUUUGAUCAUAUUUUUAAAAAUAUACGAUUUUAGAUUUAAAAUCAAUAUUCUUUAUUGUAUAGUAAUAAAAAAGGCCUUGUUCUUAUUUAAAGUGUGACCGUCAUCUGUGCCUCAUAUAAAUCUGUUGUCAUUUGCUUUCGGUUGAGCGGUAUUAAUUACACGUUCAUCGAAAUGUACGUUGCACUAAAACUAUCGAGAGAGGUUUUAUGAAUAACAUGUAUCAGUUUCUCAUGAUUUUAUUUAAAAUUUAACUUUAUUUCUAUAUUGUAAGAUUUAUUUUCAAAUAAACACUAGUUUUGGUAA